AUGGACAGCCCCCCCAAGCUGUCUGGCGAGACCCUGAUCGUUCAUCACAUCCCCCUGGUACACUGCCAGGUGACUGGGGGGCGGCAGAGCUGUGGUGGAGGAGGGAGCUCCCUGAAGAGAUCAAAACCCUUCAGCUACCCAGAGAACCUGGGCCUGAGCCGCACCACCUCCCUCCCUGAGCAGGAUGUACUCCAGAGGGAGGCGCUGGUCUACAGCAGCCUCAUCCAGACCUCUACAGGAGGAGGGAGAGGAGGAGGAGGAGGAAAGGGAGAGGGAGGAGGAGGAGGGAGAGGAGGAAGCACGGGCAGCGAUGAUUCGUCGGUGACGUCCAGUAACUGGGAGGACCAGGUGAUGGUUAUGGUGGCCCACACUCUGCCCAGGGUGAAACCAAGGGAACAGGCCAACAACCCUCUCCGGCUCCGUCACAACCCCUUUCUGCUCAACACGGAGGAGGAUGAUGAUGAUGAGGAGGAAGAGGAGGAAGAGGAUGGUGAUAACCUGAAUGGUUACUUGGAAGACUCCUCCUUUCAUCUCCAUGGCGAUACAAACUCCGCCCUGGACGAGGAGGGAGACGGGGUUGCACCCUUCCACCUCCACGACCUGGGGUCCACCACACACAAGCCCUUCCUGUUGCACAGCACCCUGGGUAAGCACUCUUGGGGCUGCUCAGGGAGGCGUGACUCCCUCAGGGGCGUGGCCUCUGAUCUCUCCACCCACCUGGAGGGCCUAGACCUGCUGGGAUUGGACAGUCCACGUCGCCACGGCAGCAGCGGCUCCACCCUCUCCAUGGACUGCGGAGAGCAAGAGUGGGGCGAGGAUGAGGAGGAGGAGGAAGAGGAUCACCCAAUGAGGGGUGGGGGACGGGGCAGUAGCCAAGCUGACUCCUCUUCUGGCUCUGGCCCUGCCCACCAACGCUGCUCCUGCUGCGGCCUCUCCCAGACGUAUCUUGAACACUUCCCGGAACCGUUUUCAGAGUCGUCGGAAUGCCAGCUGGGCUACGGCAGCGACUCGUCGUGUAACAGCUCGGAUGGCGUGCUGGUUAACUUCAGCGCCAUCUAUAAUAAAAUGAACAACAGCAUCCCAGCGACCUCUUCCAAGCCGCCACCUCUGGCCACCACGACCACCAACCUCAACAGCUCCACCGACCAAUCUUGUACCUCCUCUGUCUGCAUCUGCGCGGUGCUGGAUGAGGAGACAGGGAGCCGAAGAGGCUCCGGAGGUGGGGGGGCUUUCUACCUAGACCUGCACACCUCCCCCACUGAGCCCCCCCAACACCACACUCAACAAACCCCCUGCCCCUCCAACAACACCCUGCCGUUACUCUUCGAACCCCACUCUCACCCUCACCCCACCACCUCCUCCUGCACCUGCUCAGCUGAACACCAGGGGGCUCUAGACCUGGACGCCAACUGCAACUCCUACCAGCCCCCCCACCACUCCGACUCAGGAAGUGACCUCAUGUCCUGUCUGCAGGUAUGAAUCAAUCAAAUGUAUUUUAUGAAGCCCUUUUUACAUCCGCGGUUGUCACAAAAUGCUUUACGGUGUCAAAUCCAGUGUCAAAUCCUAGCUGCUAUCACCUGCUGUUGAGCUAGACAUUUAACCUCUAGAAAAACCGCUUCAUGAGCGGGCUAGUAUGGCUGCUCUUUGCUCCAACCUCUCCAAGCCGUGUGUCUUGCAGAGGGGUUGGGAUAAAGCGGGAGUCAAAUUUCAGUUAGUCUUUCUGUACAAUAAUGUCUUCUUCUUCUUCUUCUUCUUCUUCUUCUUCUUCUUCUUCUUCUUCUUCUUCUUCUUCUUCUUCUUCUUCUGCAGAGCCAGGCGCGUCUGGUGGUAACCACCCAGAACUACUACAAGCUGGUGACCUGUGACCUUUCGUCUCCGUCACCCCCGAGCCCCGCGGGAAGCUCCGCGUCGGUUACCAGCUGCUCUGACGAGCACAGCAAGGAUAGCCCCGCCCCUGACACGCCCACCGCCACCCAGCCAACCGAAUACUACCUGUUCAGACGGCCGCCGGGGGGAAAGGAGGAGGGAGAGGAGGAGGAAGAGGAGGAGGAGGAGGAAGAGGGUGAGGGAGAGUCAUCACGGGUAAGUGGAGCAGGAUGUUGGUUCUGUUCAGAAUCAGACAGAGUAUUAUUUGAAUGAGUGUUGAUAGGUAGGUUAAAGAGGUGGAUCAGUUACUGGAAGGUUCAAGUCCCGUUCCAGGCGAUAUCAAAGUGGGAAAAUGAAUUGGCCACUGGAGGGCUACUGGUUUCAGAUCAUUACAACCAUCCACUGCUGUUGAAGGGGACGUUUUUUUUUUAUCGGCGCCUACUGAGGCAGCUGGGCAAUCUGUAAUGGAGUAUUCCUGGAGAGUUUGUGCGUCCCAAAUGGGACCCUAUUACAUACAGUGCACUAUGGGCCCUGGUUAAAAAUAGUGUACUAUACAGGGAAAAGGGUGCCACUUGGGAUGUUGCCUUAGUCUGUAUGCCUUCAGUGGGGUGUAACGCUUGUCAUAUUCAUGUGUUGUAAUGUUGACACAAUGAAGAUAGAGGUCUAUUUAUACUAUUGGAAUUACAGUCUGGGGCUAUUUCAGCUCUCUGUGGCUCCAGUCAUAAAGUUGAUAUGUAUGUAACCUUUAUUUAACCAGGCAACAAAUGUAUAUUUAUAAUGACAGCCUGGAAAUUAAAGCUAGCUUAUUGAUGAGCUGUAUCAUCAAUGCUACUGCUCUGAAGAGAAUGACUAUGACUGCCCAUGUAGGAGAUGUAAUGAUGCUGAAAAACUACAACACUAGUCACACAAGUAUGAAUUAUUCUUUCAUUUAGAAUGAGAGCUUCUUUUGUCUUUUAUUCUAAGCCUUCUCUGUCUUCUCUACCCAGCGUGAUGAAGAUGAGGAAGACAAUGAUGAAGAUGAGGAGGAGGAGGAGAGGAAGAAUAGGAAGCAGCAGCAGCAGCAGCAGAUGGGUGGAGCCUGUUCAGACCCAAUCAUUGAGGGCCAGGUGUACGUCAACAUCUCCCCUCCUGUGGUUGGCCGAGGACCCAUCGGAGGUGGGCCCACCCGCCCCCGUUCCCGUAGCUACGACCAGAACCUGGACAUGUCCCCGCCCCUUCGGCUCGGCUCAUUGGAGCGCAUGCUGAGCUGCCCUGUCCGUCUCAGUGAGGGCACAGCCCCCCUGGGCCCGCCCCCUCUGCCACGGGUCACUUCCUUUGCAGAGAUCGCCAGGAGUAAGAGGAGAAACGGAGGAAGCACUGGCUCUCCUUCUCUCAAGAUGGGGGGGUGUACAGAUCCCUUCUCACCCACCCACUCGGCCCACUCCCACUCCUCGGCCGACUUCUCCCCCAUCUUGGAGGGCCAGGGUCAGGGUCAGAGUCAGGGUCAGAGCCACAGUCUGCCCUUCCAGCACUGCGAUAGCCAGGGCAGCGUGGACCACCACUCACCUGGUGGUGGCGCUAGAGAGUCACGCUCCAAGGCCAAA